AUUUCGCAGAAGGAUCAUAUAGAUAGGAAAAAGGAAAAAAAAAAAAAUCUCUCUUUCUUUUUAUUUCCUUUUCUUUCUUUCUUUUUAGGCGCUUCUAAUGGCGGCUUCCGUCGACAACCGCCAAUUCCACCUCGAGCCCAAUCUAAACGGGGUGGUUCGUUCCUUCAAAUCCGUUCCAACCCACCAGCCCAACUCUCCGGUUAGAACCUUCAACUUCUCGAACCAGGACUUCACUCGCUCCGACCAGAAACCAGUCCCAACAUUGGAGGAAGAAGAUCGUUCAAGUGACGAUGAAGCUGAUUAUAAGGAUCUGAUCCGCAAAACCAACAGUGAAUUAGAGCCGUCGGUUAUUGAUUCACGAGAUGAAGGAACUGCUGACAACUGGAUCGAACGCAACCCUUCCAUGGUCCGUCUUACAGGGAAACAUCCCUUUAACUCUGAACCGCCAUUGGCUCGUCUCAUGCACCACGGGUUCAUUACACCGGUCCCCCUUCACUAUGUUCGUAACCAUGGUCCUGUCCCAAAGGCCACAUGGCAAGACUGGACAGUUGAGGUUUGUGGUCUGGUUAAAAGGCCAGCCCGUUUCACCAUGGAUAAGCUAGUCAAUGAAUUCCCAGCCCGUGAACUACCUGUUACUCUAGUUUGCGCAGGUAACAGACGCAAAGAGCAAAACAUGGUGAAACAGACAAUUGGCUUCAACUGGGGUUCUGCCGGGGUGUCUACUUCAGUGUGGCGUGGUGUACCAUUGCAUUUGCUGCUCAAGAAGUGUGGGAUCUAUAGCCGUAAAAAAGGGGCCCUCAAUGUUUGUUUUGAAGGUGCUGAGGAUCUGCCAGGUGGCGGUGGGUCCAAGUACGGGACCAGUAUCAAGAAAGAGUUCGCUAUGGAUCCAUCUCGAGAUAUUAUUUUAGCCUAUAUGCAAAACGGUGAGCCUUUGGCCCCGGACCAUGGGUUUCCAGUGAGAAUGAUCAUACCAGGUUUUAUUGGUGGGCGUAUGGUGAAAUGGUUAAAGAGAAUAAUUGUUACCAGUGUAGAGUCAGAUAAUUAUUACCACUACAUGGACAACAGAGUACUGCCCUCUCAUGUUGAUGCAGAGCUAGCCAAUGCCGAAGCCUGGUGGUACAAGCCGGAGUAUAUCAUCAAUGAGCUGAAUAUAAACUCGGUGAUAACGACGCCGAGUCAUGAAGAGAUACUGCCAAUUAACUCAUGGACAACUCAGAGCCCGUACACGCUGAGGGGUUACGCAUAUUCUGGUGGUGGGAAAAAAGUGACGCGCGUAGAGGUGACUCUGGAUGGUGGAGAAACGUGGCAAGUCUGCAGCUUGGACCAUGAAGAGAAGCCCAACAAGUACGGCAAAUACUGGUGUUGGUGCUUCUGGUCCCUGGAGGUGGAGGUGCUAGAGCUCCUCGGAGCCAAAGAGAUUGCCGUCCGGGCCUGGGACGAAACCCUUAAUACUCAGCCGGAGAAGCUCAAUUGGAAUAUCAUGGGAAUGAUGAACAACUGCUGGUUCCGGGUAAAAACAAAUGUCUGCAAACGUCACAAGGGUGAGAUAGGGAUUAUUUUUGAGCACCCCACCGUGCCAGGCAACCAGUCCGGUGGGUGGAUGGCCAAGCAAAGGCACCUAGAGAAAUCAUUGGAGAAUAUCCAAGCUCUGAAGAAAAGUGUUUCAACACCCUUCAUGAAUACUUCUUCAAAAACUUUUUCAAUGGCUGAAGUCAAGAAACAUAAUUCGGCUGAUUCGGCAUGGAUAAUUGUUCAUGGUCACGUCUAUGAUUGCACUCGCUUCCUUAAAGACCAUCCCGGUGGCACUGACAGCAUUUUAAUCAAUGCCGGUACUGAUUGCACUGAAGAAUUUGAUGCUAUACACUCUGAUAAAGCCAAGAAAAUGCUUGAGGAUCAUCGGAUCGGAGAGUUGGUUAGUUCAUCAGCUUACACAUCUGAUUCAAACGCUUCCUCUCCUAAUAACUCAGUACAUUUGGCUCCUAUCAAAGAAAUUGCCUCAAUAAGAAAUGUUGCUCUUGUUCCACGUGAAAAAAUCCCAUGCAAGCUUAUAAAAAAGGAAAUUCUCUCUCAUGAUGUGCGUCUCUUUCGAUUUGCAUUGCCAUCAGAGGAUCAGGUGCUGGGAUUGCCAGUGGGGAAGCACAUAUUCUUAUGUGCUACUGUUAAUGAUAAGUUGUGCAUGCGAGCUUAUACGCCAGCUAGCACCGUCGACGUGGUGGGGUACUUUGAUCUUGUGAUCAAGGUUUAUUUCAAAGGCGUGCAUCCAAAGUUCCCUAAUGGAGGGCAGAUGUCACAGUACCUUAACUCACUAUCACUGGGGUCUGUGAUAGACGUGAAGGGUCCAUUGGGUCACAUUGAAUAUGUUGGUCGUGGUAAGUUUUUGGUUCGUGACAAGCCCAAGUUUGCCAAGAAACUGACCAUGUUGGCUGGUGGGACAGGAAUCACACCAAUCUAUCAACUGAUUCAAGCCAUUUUAAAAGAUCCAGAAGACGAUACUGAAAUGUAUUUGGUCUAUGCGAACCGCACUGAGGACGAUAUUUUGUUGAGGGACGAACUUGAUUCUUGGGCUAAGGAACAUGAGAGAUUAAAGGUGUGGCAUGUUAUUCAAGAAUCUAUUAAGGAAGGAUGGCAAUACAGUGUUGGGUUCGUUACCGAGAGUAUCCUGCGAGAGCAUGUGCCAGAAGGAUCAGAUGAUACUCUGGCUUUGGCUUGUGGUCCUCCGCCAAUGAUUCAAUUUGCCGUGCAGCCAAACUUGGAGAAGAUGAACUAUGAUAUCAAGGAUUCCUUGCUAGUUUUUUAGAUGAGAGAGGAGCGGAUCUAUUUAAAAUAAUAUGAGGUUGUACAUAUGUUAGCUUGAUCGAUCGAUGCAUGUGUUACUCCAUUCGUUUCUUUGAAAAGAGCAGGAAAAAGAGAGGCUGUUUUCCAUGUAUUAUUAUCAAGUUGGAGCAACAGUUGCUUAAUGUAGACUACUUUGUAGAAUAAAUGAAAGGUUUUUCCAAA